CCCUUGAAGGACUGUCUUUUUUAAGAGUGUACUGUAACAAAUGAUGUACUGAAUCAUUUGAGCAGCUGCGCUUUACAUGGUGACACCUUCAUGAUGAAUGGACCAGUAGAGAAGCUCCAAAACUGCUUGGGAUAAAAUGUCUCUGCAUUUACUUACAUUAAAAGUAAAGAAAGUUUCGGUUCUCUACUGUAAACAUACCGCUUUGGAGAUUCUGUUGUUGCCAGGGUGACUGAUGGAUGAUUAAUCCAGAAGCCUGACCGUGCUCUCCCUCCUGUUUGAUUCACAAGGGUCAGGAACGCUCAGCCUGGCAGGAGAAAUUGAAGCUCUGAGCAGAAGCCAGAGAGAAGCUGCAUGAAUAAUUUGUGGUUGAGGUGAGUGUUUAGAACCUUAGAAGCUUCUAUAGAGCUGCGUCCAGUGGUGCUGUGACCAGGAGAACGGUCAACAUCCAGAGCAUCUCUGAAGGACAGGCAGAUCUCCUCUGUGUACUGUUCUGAGGAAUGGACGCUGCGGAGAUGUCCAAAGAUGACCCAUGGGAAGUCUCUGAGACAGAGGCCCCAAACGGAACUGUUCAUCAUGAUGUCCAGAAUACUGGUCUCCACGACUCGCUGCAGCUCCAUCAUCUACAGCUCCUCUUCGACACCUUCUCCCAGCAGCUAUCUAUAACCGGCCAUUCUCAGAGGAGGGUCAGAGCGCGUAACACCCGUCACCCUGCUGACACUCUGAGCCUGGAACAAUUCCGCUCCGCACUGACCACUGCGAUGGGCGAGGAGUCCUGGAGUGACAAGAUGGAGGAGCUGUUCAGAGAGCUGGAGUCGUCCUGUGACGGCCGUGUUGGGCGGGAGACAUUGUGCGACUGCGUUCUCCAGCAGCUCAAACAGAGUGAAGACACAUCUGAGGCCGAACUCAGUGGCAUCAGCUCAGAACCAGUGAUACGCCGUUGCCUGCGCUACAAGCAAUACCCAGUUAUUCGCAUUGUGGAAGUGAGUCAGCCACCCCCUCUGCGUUACAUCACCGUCAGUGAAAGGGGAACUCUAACCAUCUGGAACAGCCAGCUUCAUGUCAUAGAGUCACUGGAGUUGUGUGAGAACGCUGGUGAAAAAGGAGGCUCAAGCAGGCAGUUCCGGACCUGGAUGACCGAUGCCGUCUACAUGCCCAACAUCCACAAGAUCGCAGUGGCCUCCAUGAGCCGGAACUUUCACCUGGUUGACGUGUCUACCAGCACCUGUUUUGAGACGUUCCACUUGUCAGGUUUGCUGCCUUAUACAAAUCUUAAUUUCCAGUCCGUACAAGUACAAGUUAUUCAUUUUUCAGGAGAUAUUUGUUGCCUAACAACAAGACUGCAUCACGUUGCAACCGCUCUUUGUUACUGGUACAAUGUCGAGGCUCCAGGAGAAAGGUGUGCUCUGAUGUGGGGAGAUGAGAAAGGGACUGUGAAUUUGCUUUGGUUCCUGCAGCCUUACAAAGGCUUGUUUGAGACACCAUUUUCCAAACAAAGUGGACCUCACCAAGUGUUUUUGUCAGACAUCUGUGGUCAGACCUCAAUGAUCGCUUACCAGCAAAGCCCAAAGAUCCACAGUGAACCCAUCAACAGAAUCAGAUACAACCCCCGAACUGAUCUCAUCGCUACAUCAUCAGAGAGCAGUGCCAGCUCGGUGGUCAUCAUGGACAUGGAUCAGAGGAGCGACAGUUACAUUUGGAAAAUUGAAAAGGGAAUCCGGUGCUUUGACAUAAGCUGGUCACUCAGUCUGCUGGUCACUGCUGGGCUGGACCCUGAUCUAAAGAUAUGGGACCGUUAUGUCACCUCUCGGCCUGUAGCUGUGCUACGUGGUCACAGAACGACAGUAGUGGAUGUGGCCAUCCACCAAGAUCUGGGCAAGAUCUUCAGCUAUUCAAAGGAUGCUGUGCUGAAGAUAUGGGACAUCUCCUCUGAGCGCUGUAUGAAGACCAUCCCGCUGAGGUUCCCCAACGUUCAGACUGGACGUAUCCUCGGGCAGGGUAACUUCUCACUGCUGCUGAGCAUGGCUAAAGCCCCUGCACUGCUGCUGAGCUGCAGAGAGUACCUGGCCCUGCUGCAGCUACAGAAUGCAGCCUCCAACGGGGGGUCAGCAGCCUUCUCCUGCACCCUGUACAGACCUCACCUCAGACAGAUUCUUCCUCACAAUGAAAUAUCAGCUCCUGAAGGGAAACACUAACAGACGGAUCGAUCAACUCAUUCACUUGCUGUGUGGGGAUGUUCAGAAAUAUUACUUGUAAAAAUGCUAUUUAUUGUAGCAUUUACUAUUGUCUUAGAUAAAACUUAAAUUGUUCUUUGACUUGUUAUUUCCUGCUACUGUGACUGAUUUCUGUUUGUACCGACUGAUUCUAUUUAUUUUAAGUUACAUGGCUGGCCUGGCAGACAUUGGACGAAUUAAGGGAAUCAACACUGAUGAUUUCUCUAAUGCUGUCUAGGCCCAAAUCCCAUUUCAAGUCUCGUCUCUACUACUCAGCCAUACCCCUCCGUUUUGCAUGUUCCCCUCUACGGGCGGGGUGUACUGGUUCUUCUUGAGAUAGAGGGAUGGGGUGAAGUGUUGGAGCUAUAUGACCCUCCAAACAGAGAGAUAUGAGAAAAAAAGAAAACCCAGCAGGAAG